CUUCGCUCCUUUUCUUUAAAUAAAAAAAAACACAAACAUUUUGUUUAUAAUUUCUAAUCAAAUUAAAUCAGACCUUACUAAAUUCAUACCUUAUCCAAUCAAAUCAAUCGAAGAGAAAAAUUCAUCAAUAUUAUAUCAUAUACAUAAAAAAUAGUUGAUUCUUGAAAGUAUUGAUCUACUAAAAGUAAGACAUAAUUAAAAAAAAAAAAGGGUCUUAAUUAUAAGGAAUUAAGCAUGAAGGGUUCGACAAUAUGGUGUAACGAUGAUAAUAAUAAUGAUCUAAUACAAGAAGUUCUUAAACACGCAGAAGUAUCACCUUCUUCUUUGACAUGGUCGUAUGAUCACGUAAUACAUCAUGAUCAGCAGCACCAACAAAUGUCGGCGGUAUACUCAGGGCCUACGCUUUUAGACAUUCAGAAAGCUCUCUCUGUUUCCAGCCCACCACUUUCAUUUUCUAACUCCAGGAUUUCAGUGUUGGAGAAAGAAUUAUCUAAAACAGAAAAUAAAUAUACCUUAAAAACCAAAACUUGUGGCACUGCAAUGGCAGAUGAUGGCUACAAAUGGAGAAAGUACGGGCAAAAAUUUAUAAAAAACAGCCCAAAUCCAAGAAGCUACUACAAGUGCACAAAUCCAAGAUGUGGGGCCAAGAAGCAAGUAGAGAAGUCUACAGAUGAUCCAGACACACUGAUCAUUACUUAUGAGGGCCUACACCUACAUUUUGCUUACCCUUACUUGUCUAACACCCAAAUUGAUGUACCAAAUCCACCACCUCCCCCAUUAAAGAAAGUUAAGAAAACAUUGCCACAAGAUGAUCAUGAGACAAUACAAAAAGGAAUCAAUGGAGAAGCAAAUAAUCCCAAACAUAACAUUAGAGUUGAAACUGAAACACAAAGUGAUGAUAGUGAACAACAAACAAGGACUCAAGGUUUGCUUGAAGAUAUGGUGCCUUUAGCAGUAAGAAACCCAUACCCAUGUAAUGAAUCAAUUUUUGAUAUUUCUAACUCUUUUUAUCCUUCUUCAUGCCCUCCUUGUUUCCCUUUACUUUGAAGCUUUUUAGGUUGUCCUUACUUUUACUAUUCAAUUUAGAAUAUUAACAUAAAGUGGGCUCUAUCUUUGGCUCUAUAUAUGUAUAGAACUAUUAGACUGUUAUUUUAUUUUUACUU